GGGGAGCUCACAAGCCAUCCCAGUAUAAAUAGGAUUUUAGCACAUCAGGUGCUGCUCCAAGUAAAACACGCUGUUUUGCAAUCGACUUUGUUGGCAUUGUUUAUUCAUUUCUCCUUUCCCAUUCCAUGUGUAUGCAUGUCUGUGUGUACAUGCAUGCGUGUAUCUGAGUCUAUGUAAAGUAGAAGCUGAGAUCAGAUAACAAAAUGAGCUACUGUAUGCAAGAAAUAUAUGAAGUGCAUCCUGCUGCUGGUAGCAAUUGCUACAUGCAGUCUGCUGAUUAUUGCACAUAUAUUGAAGAUAGUCAGAGUUACAGCAGUUGUGAUGCUCAGGUCCUGCACAAUAACAACAUAUAUAUGGAACAGGCCUGGGCGGUGAAUCAGCCAUAUACCUGUAGUUACCCUGGAAACGUGUUUAAAAGCGAGUACUCUGACAUGGACAUGGCCCUGAAUCAGUACAACCAACCUGAAUAUUUCACAGAAGAAAAACCUACUUUUUCUCAAGUGCAGUCGCCAUCGUAUUCUCAGAAGAAAGGAUACAUACCCAGUUACUUAGACAAGGACGAGCUAUGUGUAGUAUGUGGUGACAAAGCAACCGGGUAUCAUUAUCGCUGCAUCACUUGUGAAGGAUGCAAGGGAUUUUUUAGAAGAACCAUUCAGAAGAAUCUCCAUCCAACCUAUUCCUGUAAAUAUGAAGGAAAAUGUGUAAUAGAUAAAGUAACAAGAAACCAGUGUCAAGAAUGUCGCUUCAAAAAAUGUAUCUAUGUUGGCAUGGCAACAGAUUUGGUGCUGGAUGACAGCAAGCGGUUAGCAAAAAGGAAGCUGAUAGAAGAAAACCGAGAGAAAAGGCGUCGGGAGGAGCUACAAAAAACAGUUGGGCACAAACCCGAGCCAACAGAUGAAGAAUGGGAGCUGAUCAAAAUUGUCACUGAAGCACAUGUGGCCACCAAUGCACAAGGAAGUCAUUGGAAACAAAAAAGGAAAUUUCUGCCUGAAGAUAUUGGGCAAGCACCAAUGGUUAAUGCCCCAGAAAGUGGAAAAGUGGAUUUAGAAGCCUUCAGCCAGUUUACAAAAAUUAUUACACCAGCAAUUACAAGAGUGGUGGAUUUUGCCAAAAAGUUGCCUAUGUUUUGUGAGCUGCCAUGUGAAGACCAGAUCAUCCUUUUGAAAGGCUGCUGUAUGGAGAUUAUGUCCCUCCGAGCAGCAGUGCGCUAUGACCCCGAAAGUGAGACUUUAACAUUAAAUGGGGAGAUGGCAGUGACAAGGGGCCAACUGAAAAAUGGGGGUCUCGGCGUAGUGUCUGAUGCCAUCUUCGACCUGGGCAUGUCGCUUUCUUCAUUUAACCUCGAUGACACAGAGGUCGCCCUGCUCCAGGCUGUGCUGCUCAUGUCAUCAGAUCGCCCAGGUCUCCUCAGUGUUGAGAGGAUAGAAAAAUGUCAAGAGGGUUUCCUCCUGGCCUUUGAACACUACAUUAAUUACAGAAAACACCAUGUUGCACACUUUUGGCCAAAACUGCUGAUGAAAGUGACAGAUCUACGAAUGAUUGGAGCGUGCCAUGCCAGCCGCUUCCUGCACAUGAAGGUGGAAUGCCCCACGGAACUCUUUCCUCCUUUGUUCUUGGAAGUGUUUGAGGAUUAGAAAGACUGGAGUGGUUCUCAGAAUUCCUAUAGCACUACUGGCUGUCAUUUCAUUCCAUUGCCUAGCUCUUCUUCUGUUUGUUCUUUUUGGUUUGAUUUGGUUUGUGGGGGGGGGGUUUUUUGUUUGUUUGUUUUUGUAUAAACAUGAUGAAAUUGUCCCUUUAAUGCGGGUACUUGUGACUAUUACAUUUUGUCCUUCAGUCCCUUGAUGUGAAUGCUUUGACAGCUUAAUAGUGAAAACACAAACAAACCAAUCACUGAUCACCAGCACUUCAGUGGUCACCAGCUCACAUCCAUCACUGCUUGGAGAAAUGGGGAGAGAAAAUUGAAGUUGCAGAAAAUAAACAGGCCUUCAAGGCAAAGCACUUUGCCCUGCCUUUUUCCUAGUAUUACCUCAUUUUGCAAGCCACAAGAGAGAUACUAUGUCUAGUUUUCCAUGAUCUUUCUAAGUAUAACCAUCACCAUUGUGACCUAAGAAUACCAUCAUCACUGUGAUUGCAUCACAUCCUUGGGAUUAUUACAUGAGUCAUAAAUAUCAGAGCCCUCUGCAAUCAAAUCUUUUGUUCAAAUGCACAGUGGGAAGGAGAGUUUGAUAUUUUUUUCAUUUAUACAAAAUGAGGGCAAAAUCCUUCAGCCCUUGGUCAGUUAAAACUCCAGAUGACUUCAGUGAGAGGUCAGCUGGAAUAAAGAAUGUGGGCUUGAUCCUGUGAGGUGUUGAGCUCUUCCCAAGAGAUGCUGGGAACCCUCAACUCAGGUUGACUUCAGGACAAAAAGUGAAAGGGGAUACCACAUCAACAUCCAAGUGGCAUGGGAAAGGACGGGCACUCAACAGGUCUCGGUAUGCACUCUGCAAGAAUGGUUCUUUUAUCCUAACUGCAGGAUUUGCCCAGGGCUAUAAAUUCAUGUAUUUAUAUUGGCUGCACUAAUAGAAUCUGAAUUGAACAACAGUGAGACGGCCUGUUGAUGAAAUCUGCCAGCUAGCUUUCAUGGCACUCAUUUGGACUCUGUUUCAUCCAUCCUCUUCACAAGGUGGUUGUCUCUGAAAUUGUAGAAACUCCAGACCAGGCAAGCCCCCUCAUUUAUUUGUAAGUGGGAUACAUUAGAAGGAUCAUCCUCUCUUCCUGGCAAUAGAAAAGAUUUUGUUUUCUCUUUCAGAAUAAGUUUCAGGUGCCCUUUGUUGCAUUGUGCAUUCACAAAUCCAAACAUAACGAAGAUAGAAACUGGAAUCUUUUCCUACUCAACUAGAAAGGCAUUGUUAUAGUUUAGAUUCAAAGUUAUAGGCCCUAAUCUAGUCCCAGGUGUUUGAAAACUGGGUCCUCAGGAAACUUUUCAUUGUGGGCAACACACCAGGGGAAUUUUGAAAUUCUUGUCACUUCACAGGGUGAAGAUUGCAUUUGGAAUACCAAUGGCCACGUUUUCACCCGGCCGAAUCCCACCCUAUGUGUUUCUUGAUGCAAUUUGCAUCUAUUCUUGUGAUGAGUUGUGAGCAUCAAUUUUAAUAGUUACACUUUGGACCACUAACAUUUGUGUCCACAAAUCUAUAUGGGUAUAAAACACUCCCGUGCAUAUUUUGCAGGCACAAAGGAAGCCAGGCCACUGGAAACUUGCUCUUAAACAUUUGGGUUUUUUAUUAUGUUAAAGAUACCAGUUGUUGGUUCCCAUUCCUCCCCCUUCGCUCAAAGCAAAUGUUUGGAUGACACCAAUCUCUAGACUGUUUUGCAGUAAAACUAAUAGUACAUGAUGGGGUUGGAGACAUCACCCAUACUAGUGAGGGUCAUACUUGGAAAUAAAACAAAUUCUGCUCACACGAAUCAAAGCUUGCAUGAGCAGAUCCUAGCUGCACACAUUAAAAGAAAACCAUUUGCACAAAUGUUAAAAUCAAAUUAGUUAAAAUGACAGGUUCUUGUAGCAAUUGAAUAAAACUGUUGAUCCAUUUCUUGCUUCUGUUUCCAGAUCUGGGAAGUAAAUAUAAAUGAAAUGUACAAACUUUUUAGAGCUAUAUUCUGCCCUUAAUCUUCAUGGGAAACUCCCACUGAUGCCAGUGAGAGCCCCACACAUGUUCCUAUGGCAAUGUAUGACUAAUUUAGUGUACAAAUAUUUGCCCAUGCUGCAAGUGAGAGAAAAACACCCUUCUUCCUGGCAGCUAUCUGUGCUGGCAACUCACAAUUCUAUUGCAAGUCUUGAAAUAUCUGCUGUUUUUCUGAUAGCCCUUCCUGGAAAUCAUGUUUUUAUCUGACUUUUAAAAAAAAAGUUUCUGGUGCUUUUUAGUUUUGAAAAAAAAUAACUCAAAUUUGAAAAUUUUGGCCAAACUUCGAAGACAAAUAAGAACUCAGAAUUCACAGUUUAGAACUGUCCUGAUUUGUAAAACAGUCUUAUGAUUUUGGGGUCUGAUUUUUGAACCCUAAGGAUUGGCCAGUACUCCGUUAUUCACAGCAAAUAGCACCGGAAAGAUAAUAGUAAUUAAAAAAAAAUUAUUAGUCAUCCUACUCAGGAAAGCUUCACCAGUCUGACCCAGCACAGAGAAUCAACAUUUUACAGGCUAGUUGAUGUUAAAAUAACUACUGGUUCUUGAAUCUGUCCUCAUUAAAUCUAACAAGCAAAGCAAUGAGACUUCAAAAUAUUAGACUUAGUACAUUAUAUCAUUGGGUGCCUGGAAUUAGGCAUUUAAUUUGUAUUUAGAUGCCCGAGUACGUGGCCUGUAUUUCCAAGAUGUUGACUUCAUUGUAAGCUGUGACUACUCAGUAUCCUGAAAAAUCAGUCCACCUUUUUCUAAGUGACUAAACAUGGAUUUCGGUGCCUAACAUUAGGAAACCAAGCCUGGAAACAUUGGUCAGUGUUUUUAGCAAGUAGUACAUAUAGCAGUAUUUUUUAACCUUUUUUGUAUUAAAGGCCUGGGGGUUGGCAGUAAUUUCUUCUGGUGAAUUACCUUUAUCUAUCAAUCCAAACCCAAUAUCCAUCUCUUAGUUUAACAGAAGUGAUCUAGUGACACCUAAGGCUCUGAUUCCAUACCAGUUUACAUUGCCUGACUUCAUUAACUUCAGUGAUAUGACUCCAGAUUUACAGCAGUGCAGAAUUAAAACCUGUAUUAGGAUCUGAUCUUUCAAACACUUGCUAUUGGACUUAGACCCCGUAUCUUGCAAUGACUUAUGCAGAGGCUUGAAUUUACAGCUAUAAAUAGUCCCAAGUCUUUGUAGGUUCAGCACCAUUCUGCUUGCCACUGUGAGUAGCAGACUUUAAUGUGACUGACUAUUCCCAAGAGUAAAUAUGACAUCCAGUAACAUUCGUAGCACAGCAGACCUGAAUUUUUCAGUGCAGUUCAUGCUUUUGUUUGAUGGUGCCGCAUUGCUCUCAUUCUUGCUCUCUAGUCUAGGACUAUAAGAAAUGGGGUCUUUUAUUCAUGAUUCUUUCUGUCAAAUCAGCUCUUUCAUUGUCAUCUUCACUGUUUUUUGCCCUACGUUAUAUACACGUAUGGCAUCUCAACUUAGUUCUAAUAUUUAAAAUAGCUUAUAUAUGGUGUGAUAAUGAUUUUCAUUUACACUCUGCCAAAAUGUAGACAUUAGAAUUAGAUCUCUGUGGUCCAAAAUCAUCUCUAAGGUAAAUGCUUGCUUUUUCAGGGGUCAGUAUCAGAAAGAAAAAGAAAAGUGACCAGAGGGAGAGAUUGCAAAUCAUUCUAGUUAGGGCUGUUGAUCACAGGCAGAGCAUGUCAUUGUUAGUGAUGUAUUUUUAAGCUAUGGAACUCUAACCUGUAUGUGUCAUAUUGACUUUUUCUGCAUGAAUCAUAAACUAUAAAAAUCUGUCUUAUGGGUUUGAGACGUAGCCAACAUCUGUAAGGCUAAACCUUUUUCAUUGACAGAAUAAAAAUC